CAGAUCCAUUCAUGCAUGCUUCCAACUAUCCUCUCCAAAGUACUUUUCUGUUUCCAACUGGAGGAUCUGCGUCAACAGAUAGCUAGAGAAUCUGGGUUAGGAGAUUUAAGGGUACAAAAACUGGCAACCUUGAAUUAGACAUGCACUUGUUGUAUUACGAACCUGACGUUGAUGCCACUGAUGAUUCUAGAGAAGGUAGUGUCUCUGUUCUUCAAGAUGUUUCACUGCUGAAGAAGGGUGCUCCACCUGUUUUGAUGGCCUUUAGAUGUGACACUGAUGGAUAUUGAAUGUUAUGAGGGAUUCAACUCAGCACAAGUACAUAACGAAGAUAUCCAGUUUUCUAUCGACAGUCCAGUCAAGAAACAACGAGCGUUGGCUUUGACGUACUACAAGGAUUAUAGCUUCAAAGAUAUUAAAUUACUUGAUGAUAAAACAUUUGAAGGUGGAAUGAAGUUCGUCGAGUGGAUGGGAAUUAUACCCGAUGAUCUGUCAGCGAUAUUGAUGCGCCAACCAGAACAUCCAUUUUUGGUUAAAAAUGCCACACUUGAUGACCUUUCUCUAUAUAUGCCCUGUUGGCAGAAGGUAGAAGAAAUAUUAGGCAAGUACUUCAACAACACUGCGUGACUGCGUUACAAGCUGAUCCAUUCAUGCAUGCUUCCAACUAUCCUCUCCAAAGUACUUUUCUGUUUCCAACUGGAGGAUCUGCAUCAACAGAUAGCUAGAGAAUCUGGGUUAGGAGAUUUAAGGGUCACAAAAACUGGCAACCUUGAAUUAGACAUGCACUUGUUGUAUUACGAACCUGACGUUGAUGCCACUGAUGAUUCUAGAGAAGGAGUGUCUCUGUUCUUCAAGAUGUUUCACUGCUGAAGAAGGGUGCUCCACCUGUUUUGAUGGCCUUUAGAUGUGACACUGAUGGAUAUUGAAUGUUAUGAGGGAUUCAACUCAGCACAAGUAAGAACGCUCUUAUCUUCAAUUUAAUUCUCGUAUAUGAACUAUUUAUGCAGGUAACCACCAUUAGUGAC